UUCAUUUGGUGGCUCCUCAACCCAGAGCGUCCCAUCGGUUCGUAUGGAAGAUAGGUGUGCCAUCCGAUCCACGCAACGAUUUCCUACCCUUCAGCAAAACCGAAAAAUGGGUCAGAUUCAAUACUCUGAGAAGUACUUCGAUGACACUUAUGAGUACAGGCAUGUCGUUCUUCCUCCUGAAGUGGCCAAACUUCUCCCCAAGAAUCGCCUCCUCUCUGAAAAUGAAUGGCGAGCUAUUGGUGUGCAGCAGAGUCGGGGUUGGGUCCAUUAUGCAUUUCAUCGCCCCGAACCACACAUCAUGCUCUUCAGGAGACCUCUCAAUUAUCAGCAGCAACAGAACCAAAGUACUUUGUUAGCGUUAUUCUCUUCCUAA